UUGAGAUGAACGUAUAUAUAUAGAUACGUAACUUUUUUCACCGGAGUUGAUUAUAGUCAUACCUGAGUGUAUUGGUAAAAAAAUUCAAUUCUAAGAUGAAGUAUUUGGUCUCUAUUCUCAUUUUUUCCGCUGCAACUCAGGCUUUCAGCAGCAAAGAUAGAUGGGAAAACUUCAAAAUUAAACAUUCCAAAUCCUAUGAAAAUACUGAAGAGGAAAACAAGCGAUUCAAUAUAUUUCUGGAUAAUUUACGCAGAAUCGAAGAACAUAAUGAGAAAUACAGAAACGGUGAAUCUUCUUACCAAAUGGGGGUCAACCAAUUUUCUGAUCUGACUGCCGAAGAAUUCAGAAGAACUUACUUGAUGACUUCUUUUCCCUCUCCUCCUAUAGACAUGAACCCAAAACAAGCAAAAUUUAAUGUCCAUGAAGAUUUGCCUGAAGAAGUGAAUUGGACAGAAGCUGGUGCAGUUACCCAUGUUAAGAAUCAAGGAGGGUGUGGAUCCUGCUGGGCUUUCAGUAUUACUGGUGCGGUAGAAAGCCAAUACUUUAUAAAAACUGGAAAACUAAUUUCGCUUAGCGAGCAACAACUAGUCGACUGUCUUCCAUGGUUUGGUUGCGCAGGGGGCCAAACAAAUGAAGGUAUGGAUUAUAUCAGGGCUAAUGGACUCAUGGAACAAACUGCUUAUCCAUACGAAACAAAAGUUGGUGCUUGCAGAUACAAUCUGUCGAAUGUUGUCACCAGAAUAAACCAUUACGAUUGGAUACAUCGCGGAGAUGAGUAUGACUUGAAGAGAAAUGUAGCACUGAAGGGACCCGUUUCUGUUAGAAUAGCUAUAAGGGACAGUUUUGGGUCAUACUCGUCAGGUAUCUACGAUGAUCCACUGUGUCCUGUUCACUACUGGGAAACGAACCACGCAGUCCUUGUUACUGGAUAUGGUACAGAGAACGGCAAAGACUACUGGAUUGUCAAGAACUCCUGGGGAGAUUGGUGGGGAGAUAAUGGUUACAUCAAGAUGUCAAGAAAUGCCAAUGAUCAAUGUGGAAUUGCCUCCAGUGCUAUAAUACCAGUAUUGUAAUAUUUUUUCAAUCUAUGAGAGCUAUAUAGCAAAUAAAGCAAAAAUAUUCGUAGUGAU